AUGUCCUCCCCCAAAAUCAUCGACGACAAAUCCCAACACUGCAUCCCCUUCCUCCUCGAGCGCCUCGCCACCCACCGCGCCCGCUACCCCACCAAUACCCCGCCAUUCAUCCUCGGUCUGAACGGCGUGCAAGGCGCCGGGAAGACCGUGCUGGUUUCAACCCUCCAAUCCACGCUACGCUCCCCACCCUACUCCCUCUCCGUGGCCACCCUCUCCCUCGACGACCUCUAUCUCACGCACGCCCAACAACAAGCCCUCGCCAAAUCGCACCCCUCAAAUCCCCUCCUCCAGCACCGCGGCCAACCCGGCACCCACGAUCUGACCCUCGCGGAGGAAGUCUUCUCCGCAUUGCGCGCGGGCCGCCAGACCGCCAUCCCGCAGUACGAUAAGUCAGCGUUUUCGGGACAGGGCGAUCGGGUACCCGUGUCGCAGUGGGAGACGGUAAACGGGGAGGGGCAGGAGACGGUGCAGGUGGUGAUAUUCGAGGGGUGGUGUGUGGGGUUUCGGGCGUGGGAGGAGAGCGUGCUUCGGGAGAGGUGGGAGGAUGCGGUGCGCAGGAGGGAGGAGGGGGGGAGUGGGUAUCGUGGGAGGCUGGGGUAUGUGCGGUUUGAGGAUGUGAGGGUCGUGAAUGAGGCACUGGGGGAGUAUGAUUUGAUUACGGAUCAGUUGGAUGCGUUGAUUCAUAUAGACGCGCAGGAUCUGCAUUAUGUCUAUGAUUGGCGGCAGGAGCAGGAGAGGACGCUACGCGCGAUAAAGGGCACGGGCAUGACCGAGGAACAGGUCGCGCAUUUUGUUGAUGGCUAUUACCCCUCCUAUGAGCUCUUCACUGAGACCCUCCGAGAGGGCGCCUUUAAGCCGGUCCCGCAUACUACCUCAGCAUCCGCUCCGACGUCGGGCUGUGAGGGAAGGCAGCUUCGUUUGGUCGUUGAAAAGAGUAGGAAGGUCCAGGAGGUUAUUCGGAUCUAG